AUGCUUGCCCUAGACGACCCGGAUUUCAUCCAAGAAUGCGUCCAAACAACGGCCUCCAUCCACACAGACGCCCACCUCAACGGCGCCUCCGAGAGCCUUUCGCAACAGAAGUCCGUGGAUGAUGGAAAGUACGGGCUUAAGCUCCUAGAACCGGAGAUUUUGCAAACGCUCGAGAAUCUCGCGCUCGAUGUCUUGACGGUCCACGCGCCAGACGACACAUCAGCGCCACGGGACGGCGGCGCCCGUCUUCUCCAACGCCUCGACGAGGAGAUCGAGAGAACGUACCGUCGGUUCUACGAGUUUGUGUACGCGGAGCUGCCGUACUGCUGGAGGCAGCUGUACACCGAUCUCAGCCUGCUGAAGUUUUCAUGCCUCGUGUUUCUGAGGGGGGCCGGGGGCGGCGCCGUGGUCGACAACGACGAUGAGAAGUUGAUGGACGAUCUGGUCGCCGUGCUAGACCGGGCCCUGAUCCUCGCCGGCGGCGCAGGCCUCUCACGUGGGAGGAGGACCAUAUCCAGGCUCCUCGCGCAUCUCGACGGCGAAGACACGCUUUCGCUCACAUCUAGUGCUCCCCGUCUCCCGGCGUCGUUCCCGACGUCGCGCCCUUUCACGCCGCCCGUCACGAGACCAAUCCGCGUCGUCGACGCCAUGACCAUGCCGGCGUUCCAGUCCUACCUGGACCGCGCGUCGUCGUCCAGCGGGGGCCUGGGUCCGGAGCCGCUGGUCCUGAAGUCGCUGCUGACCGACUGGCCCGCUCUCUCGGCCAGGCCGUGGAGCUCGCCGGGGUAUCUCCUCUCGCGGACGCACGCCGGGAGGAGGCUCGUCCCGGUCGAGGUCGGCAGGAGCUACGUCGACGAGGGGUGGACGCAGGAGCUCAUCCCGUUCCGAGAUCUGCUGUUCCGCAUCAUCGCGUCGUCCUCGUCGUCCUCGUCGUCCUCGUCGUCUCCCGAAACCCAAACCGAGGGAGAAACUCGAGGGCCGGCGACGACAACGUACCUCGCCCAGCACGAACUCUUCGCCCAGCUGCCGCACCUCCAGAACGACAUUCUCACGCCGGACCACUGCUUCACGUCGCCGCCGCCGCACCCGCUCGACCCGUCCGCCGACAAGCCGGAGCUCGCGCUGCCGCUCGUCAACGCCUGGCUCGGCCCCGCGGGGACCAUCACGCCGCUGCACACGGACGGGUACCACAACCUGCUCUGCCAGGCCGUCGGCGCCAAGUACGUGCGGCUGUACGCGCCGCAAGACUCGGAGGCGCUGUGCCCGCGGGGUGAUGAAUGUGACGGCGACGAGGACGACGGCGAAGACGGGGACGGGGACAGGGGGAUGGAACGAAAGGUCGACAUGAGCAACACGAGCGCGUUCGACGUCGGCGCCGUGGAGGGGUGGGACCCGGACCCAGAGGGCCGCGACGCCAUCGAGCUCGAGGAGUUCCGCGGCCUGCGGCACUGGGAUUGCGUGCUCGAGGCCGGCGACGCGUUGUACAUUCCCAUCGGGUGGUGGCACUACGUCCGAAGCCUGAGCGUGAGCUUCAGCGUGAGCUUCUGGUGGAACGGGGAUCACUGCGGCAAUCGCGGCGACCCGUAUGGACGGUCGUCCGAAUCACGUAAAGAGUGUUAA